GGAACCUGAGCGCGGUGACGCAGUUUUCCGGCGGGCUCCUUAGAGCGCUGAACAAACUUUGGGCCCAAACACCAUGAGAGGGCCGGACCCAGGUCCUGAACCUACGAUGGAGGGAGACGUGCUGGACACACUAGAGGCGCUGGGGUAUAAGGGACCACUGUUAGAAGAGCAAACCCUUAUCAAGGCAGCAGAGGGUGGACUAUCUUCACCUGAAUUUUCAGAGCUCUGUGUUUGGUUAGGCUCUCAAAUAAAAUCGUUGUGUGACUUGGAAGAAAGUAUCACUUCAGCUGGGAAAGAUGAUCUAGAAAGUUUCCAGCUUGAGAUAAGUGGUUUUUUAAAAGAAAUGGCAUGUCCAUAUUCUGUACUAGUAUCAGGAGAUAUUAAAGACCGUUUGAAAGAGAAGGAAGACUGUUUGAAACUUAUAUUGUUUUUAAGUACAGAGCUUCAAGCUUUACAGAUCUUACAGAACAAGAAAUGUAAAAAUUCUCAGUUAAAUAAAAACAACGAAAUUUAUCAGGAAGUUCAAGCUAUCGGUGAUACCCUUGGUGUACCCAAGUCAACAACUUCUGACAUUCCACUUAUGCUCAACCAAGUGGAAUCAAAGGUGAAGGAUAUCCUCUCAAAAGUCCAGAAAAAUCAUGUGGGAAAACCACUGCUGAAAAUUGACUUAAAUCUGGAACAGGCGGAACAACUGGAAAAAAUCAACAAUGCUCUUUCCUGUGAAUAUGAAUGUCGUCGGCGGAUGUUAAUGAAACGAUUAGAUGUGACAGUGCAAUCCUUUGGAUGGUCCGAUAGAGCAAAGAUAAAAACAGAUGACAUAGCAAGAAUUUACCAGCCUAAGCGUUAUGCUUUGUCACCCAAGACAACUAUUACAUUAGCACAUCUACUUGCUGCUCGUGAAGAUCUAUCCAAGAUCAUUAGGACAAGUAGUGGCACUACCCGAGAGAAGACGGCUUGUGCCAUUAACAAGGUGCUGAUGGGAAGGGUGCCUGACAGGGGAGGAAGGCCAAAUGAAAUUGAACCACCACCCCCUGAAAUGCCCCCUUGGCAGAAGAGACAAGAAGGCGGUGGAAGGGGUGGUUGGGGGGGUGGUGGUGGUGGUAGAGGAGGUGGUGGGGGUGGAAGGGGUGGCUGGGGAGGUGGAGGGGGUUGGGGAGGUGGGGGAGGUGGAGGAGGUUGGGGAGGAGGAAGUGGUGGAGGUGGUGGUAGAGGAGGGGGUUUCCAAGGCAGGGGAGAUUAUGGAGGAAGAGGAGGCUAUGGGGGAAGAGGAGGCUAUGGGGGAAGAGGUUAUGGAGAUCCAUAUGGAGGAGGUGGUGGUGGUGGUGGUGGUGGAUAUAGAAGAUACUAAAAACUAGAUAGUGGUGCUUACUUCUUGAUAGAUACAGUAGGCAUAGUAUUCUAAAUAACAUUUUUGAGUAUCAUCUUUGAAGUAAACACCAGAUAUAAGUAAACACCUGACUCCCAGAUGAUAUCAUUUUGAAUUGGAUUAAGAUGUAAGAGCAAUGUUUUAUACUACCAUUUGAUCUCUUAGAUGAAGUCAUUUUUUUCCCAUAUUCUGUGUACCUUAAGCAUGUUGUGUCUUUUUAAAAAACAAAAAAUUGAACAAAAAUAAUUUUUAAAAAUGUAAAUAUUACCGUCAAACUUGGAAAAUGGGAAGUAUUUUAUUGUCAUAUUGAAUUUAGACUGUUGCCUGUAUUUUAUUUAGGUUUGAGAUAAAUAAAUGACUCCACCUGUAAUGGAAAGGAAUAUAGACUAUUGCCUCAUCCAUAUGCCUGUGAAUGUGUUUUGUAUUUGUUAAUUCUGCAUUACAAAAUAGGGAAAGGGACUGAUAGUUGUGUUCAGCAGGCAGUUGUCUUGAUUUGUUUAUUUUAUAAUCAAAAAAGACAUAUCAAUUUUCCAUGUUUUACAUGAAACAUCUUCCUAUAAACUGGUUUCAUCAUCAUUUGUGCCCUCAUUUUAGACAUCUAAAUAUUAGAAGGCAAGCUGGGCUGAAUCACACAGGAUUAUAGUAGCAAUUCUGUUUCAGUAGGUCAGGGGUAGGGCUGAGGCAUCCCAUGGUAAUUCUCAUUCACAUUUAGAUUGAGAAAUACAGGGUUAGGGAAUGUCAAAGGUUUGGGGAUCAGGAGUUGUGAAUUCAAAUUAUGGCACUAGCCCAGGGAUGCUAUAAAGGAUUGAUUUGUCCUCAUUUGUCAAAAGAGGAAUGUGACACCUGCCCCCUCAGAUUGUUCAUAAAUACAUAAGUAAAAAUGGAAUUUGUUGAAAAUGUAUAGUGGGCCUGUUCUGAGUAGUUUAGGAGCUGGACCAAGUAACACAUGUUUUCUUUUAGUGUGAAGGGUUAGAGAAAAAGAACUGGCCACACCAAUUUUUUUCAAUUCCAACUAUAAAUCGAUAUCCCAGUGCAGGUACCUGUGUGUAACAACUUUCUGUGAUGUAGGCACUUCAGCAGGUAGAAAGCUGUAUUGUUAACAGUGGACAAAUGUUAUUUGAUAUUUGUUUUGUUUCAAAGUAAACCUUAAGGUGAAAUCUCAGUGUUAAAACUUUAAAAGUGAUAUUGCGUAUACUUCGGUCUUGGACAUGUAUUUUUCAAGCUAACCCUUCAAAGAAAAAUGUUCAGGAUAGGAAAACAAAUUUUUUUAGUUCCUUGUAAACUUUUGGCUUAGGGUUUUUUAUGUAUCUAUACAUAAUGAAGAGACUUAAUUUCGUAUGUGAUAGUUGAAGAAAAUGGCUUUCCAUUAUUAAGGAAACACCUUUAUCAGUAGCUAUGAACACUGAAAAGAAAAUACUUUUUCAAAAAUUUAUAUGCAAAAGACUGCUGGGGCAAAAUAUUUUAUGAGUUACUAUUGAAAA